CAACGAGGGACCUCUUCACACAGCAGGGUCGCCCUCUUGCCCAAAGGGACUCGCUUACGUUGAGAGGCAGAUAUUAUUCGCUCGUCCCUACGCGAACACGGUCGUGUCAAGAAGAUGUCCUUGUACAAGCGUGUUGGAGGGCGCGGGCGCGGUAAAAGCGCCCAGCUUGCGGGUGACCUGGAUCUGCCGAAGACUGCGGGCUACGUCUUGCAGGACGUCUUCCCGGACAAGGACGACGAUUCAGUGCAGGCCGUGCUGGCUGCGUACCGGCAGAAAGUGGCAGCGGAGAUGAACGACGAGGAGGACGCGGAUAGUCAACCCUCCCCAGACGACGACGACGACCACGGUUCGGAUCCCAACUAUUAUCAAGUCAACGAAACCGCCGCAGACCACGUUUUGGUCCUCUCGAGCGUGACCCGCCAGCUGCGCGAAAGUCUACGAUGCCGCGGGGAGCUGACUUUCUUCGCGUCCGCGAAGUUGCACUUCCACUCCUCGGUCGCUUGGCUGAUCCUCUGGUUCGUGUUUGCCCUGCAGGGCUUCAUUCUUUUCAAGCUCCGGGACAUCACCUCCUACUACAGCGGGGACUUCACCGCGAAGCUGGUCGGUGAGGAGCGCGGUGUCUGCGCCAACGUGGGGCACUUGAAGACGGAUCUCGACGCGAACGCUCUCCUCCCCCCGGCCGUGUGGUCCUGCGCCCCCCCGCCGCUCGACUACGCAUCGCACUGGAGUAACCUAGACACGAACCAGGACGGGGUGUGGUCCCUCUCCGAGGCGGAGGCGACCGAUAAGACGCUGCCGCGGUCGAAGUCCAGCCUGCUGUUUGAGCACUUUUUGGGAAAGAUUCGCGACCAGAAAAAUCCGGACACAGGGGAAAAGAUGUGGGAGGAGCAGAGCAAGCAAUUCACGGUGAUUCCGAAAGAGGCGUACGUCGGCGACAAAGCCCUCACUUUACUGCAGAAGGACAUGCUGAUUCUGUGCCAAGUGCUCGACGCGAGGUUGUGCAGCAACCUGGAGCUCGACGGGCAUUUACGGCCGUUGUUUCCCGACGCGAAGCACCCCAGCCAGCGGAUCGCGAAAUGCGAAGACCUAUGCUCUGCAAAAGUAUCGUACUCGUACUAAUGGGAAUCAGGCAUGACAAAUCUGGUUUCCUACCCAAAUCUGCAUUACAAAUUCUAAUUUCCUUCCUGAUACAAUUUGUCAUGCGAUUUAUACUAGUACGAUGCUUUUGCAAUGCAUAGGACCUAGUCAAGAGCCACUGCGACUUCUUCGGCGGCGAAACGUACAAAACGUAUCAGGUCCGCCACGGCGAGCUUUGCGGCGAGUACCAGAUCCGCCAGAUUGUGGGAAACGGGGCUAUCAAAAGUAAAAAUGUCUGGGUCUGUCAAAAGUAAAAAUGUCUGGGUCUGGAAACUUGUAAUGCUGGGUGGCGUCUCAUGAUGAGGCUACGAAUACUGGCUCAGCAUGGCAAGUUUCUGAGCUCCUAGGUGUUGCCUAUUCUGCAUGACAAACUGCGUCUCUGCAUCACAGAAAAACGGGGCUCUUGGGUAACGUGCAUGACAGAUUUAAGAGUCAUGCCAGACAAGCAUGACAAACAUGAAUUCUUCCAGACCCAGACAUUUUUACAUUUGAUAGGAGUGCGGGAGGCCCAAUUCUCCGAGGUGGUGCGCUACAACAACAAAGUGGAUGGGGUCACGACAAUUACCUUCUCCAUGUUCCUCGCCGUGAUCCUGUGCCUGUGGCUGAUGGUGCUGCUCAGCGAAAUCAAGAGCGCGCUGCGCAUGGGCCUGCUGCUGCUGUUUUUCCCCGUCGCACAAACGCCAUCGCCUGCGGAGGGCUCCUCUUCGCCGGAAGACCAAUCAUACGGAGGUUUCAGCACGAGCUACGCUGCCUACGCAGCGCCGAGGCCCAAGGCGGUGCGGCACCACACAACGCCGAAAGUAAGAUGGAGGGCGUCUGUUUGUGUUGAGUCAAAUUAUGCGAAGUUUUCAUUUGAUUUUGAAAUAUAUAACUACAAAACCACGAGUUGGAUAUCAACAGCACUUUCGUAAAACCAAAACAGGAAUGGUCAAAAGAAAGAUAAAUACAUCGAUAAAACCAGAUCAGUGUGUACACCAGUGGGGGAAAAGCGUUCCAUAUCCUUGCCACUUCGAGCGUCCUCCACAAGCUUCAGCUAGUUUUCUUCGUGUUUCUGCCAAGGAUGUUCAUUCUGGGUCUGCUGAUUGUCGUCGGGACCGAAUUCCUCUUGUCGAACUUCGCCUACAUCGACUUGAUCCUCAACGCAGUGGCCCUCGGGUUUUUAGUCGACGUCGACAAGAUUGCGUACGGCACGUUCUCGAGUCGCGACCGCCGGCUGCUCUUGAACAGCGUGAAGCCGCUCCGGUUUUCGGGGACCAGAACCGAAGGACGGUCCUGGCAAGCGCUGCGGUACCGGUUUGCGGACGCUUGCUCCCUGGACCACGGCAUUUUUUCCCUUUUCGCGGCCGUCGUCGCCAUCGGGGCCGGCGUGGCCCUGCACACGCAGUUCGCGCCCGGGGGCUUGCGGGACGUGGCGCACGCGCUAAAGUGCUUCUGCACCAUGGACGGGGGGUACUGCCUGUCGAGUCGCAAGUUCCAGGCCAACGCCAAUAAUCAGAUCGUGCCCUCGGAGGACUCCAGCGCACUAGUAGACAAAAUGAAACUGUUCGCGGGCGGUGCCAGCACGGCGCUGGAGGAAGCUUGGUGAGGCGGUGGGGGAUGUUGCCUCCGUGCAACCAACAUGGACGUGACAGGUCUGAAACGAAAAAUUAGUGAUUUUCUUCACCUCCGGUGAGUUUGGUAAGUAUGAUUCUACUGCAACUUCUAGAGGAGACGCGAAGCGAAAGCGAUUUGAAACAGAGGACGAAAAAAAACGUGCAUAAUGGUCACGCAGAUUUUUCAGCUCGCAGGCGAAAUA